CCUCAGCCCGGCCCCGAACCCGCGGCCCCGCUGCCCCCGGAGCGCGGCGCCGCCCCCCCCCCGCCCGAGCAGCCCGCCCCGGCGGGAGCCUCCGCGGCCCUCGCUAAGAUGUCUGCCUUCGGAGCCACCCGGCGGAUGCUCCAAACCAUUACAGGGCUUGGAUGGAGAUCACAUUCUAGUAAACCUGUUCAAAACGUGCAUGCAGGCAAACCUGGAGCUGGCUUUAGCUUCGAACUUACUGAUGAACAGAAAGAGUUUCAAGCUACUGCUCGUAAAUUUGCUCUGGAGGAAAUUAUUCCUGUUGCUGCACAAUAUGAUAAAACUGGAGAGUAUCCUCUUCCACUCAUAAAACGGGCUUGGGAACUUGGUCUUAUAAAUUCACACAUACCAGAAAGCUGUGGUGGUCUUGGCCUUGGCAGUUUUGAAGCAUGCCUUAUUACGGAAGAGUUAGCUUAUGGAUGCACAGGGGUUCAAACUGCCAUUGAAGCAAAUUCCCUAGGGCAAAUGCCAGUAAUCAUUGCAGGAAAUGAGCAGCAACAGAAAAAAUACUUGGGAAGAAUGACAGAAGAACCAAUGAUGUGUGCUUACUGCGUAACAGAGCCUGGAGCAGGCUCCGAUGUGGCUGGUAUAAAAACAAAGGCUGAGAAGAAAGGAGAUGAAUAUGUUAUUAAUGGUCAGAAGAUGUGGAUCACAAAUGGUGGGAAAGCAAACUGGUAUUUCUUGCUUGCUCGUUCCAAUCCAGAUCCAAAAGUUCCUGCAAGCAAAGCUUUUACUGGAUUCAUUGUGGAGGCAGAUAGCCCUGGAAUCCAAAUUGGAAGAAAGGAAAUGAAUAUGGGUCAACGCUGCUCAGAUACAAGAGGUAUUGUCUUUGAAGAUGUGAGAGUCCCGAAAGAAAAUGUAUUAAUAGCUGAGGGAGCUGGCUUUAAAAUCGCAAUGGGAGCUUUUGAUAAGACCAGGCCACCUGUAGCAGCUGGUGCUGUUGGAUUAGCAAAAAGAGCACUCGAUGAAGCUACUAAAUACGCCUUGGAGAGAAAAACCUUUGGGAAAGCGAUUGUUGAACACCAGGCAGUGUCAUUCAUGCUUGCUGAAAUGGCUAUGAAAGUGGAACUUGCUAGGAUGGCUUACCAAAGAGCUGCAUGGGAAGUUGAUGCUGGCCGCAGAAAUACCUACUAUGCUUCCAUUGCAAAGGCAUUUGCUGGUGACAUUGCAAACCAAGUAGCUACAGAUGCAGUGCAGAUUUUUGGAGGAAAUGGAUUUAAUACUGAAUAUCCUGUAGAAAAACUAAUGAGAGAUGCUAAAAUCUACCAGAUUUAUGAGGGAACUGCUCAGAUUCAAAGGAUGAUCAUAGCUCGUGAACAUGUUGGCAAAUUUAAGGCUUAAAGAAAUGUAUAAAGUGUGUGUGGCACUACGGUAGUGUUCUGUUUUCUCGUGAAAGAGGAUUUUAGUGCAUUUCUCAAUACAACGGAAAAUUUGUGGAAAAAAGCCCUUUUCCUUAAAAGUCUUUUUAUUGAAUACAUUAUUAAGCACUACUUCUUCCCAUCCACUCCCUCUGAAUUCCAAAGUGAUUGAUUGUCUUUCCCCACUUAAUCAUUUUCACGCAAAUAUUUAGCCUUUGGUGGGGGAAGAGAAAAAACUUUCCCUAUAAAAUUUAUGAAUUUAUUUGAUUAAAAAAGAUACCAAAAUUCAGAUUUUUUUUAAUUUAAUUUUUUUUUUUUUUUGGUCAGUGAAGGCAUUCAGCAUGUGGAAAUUCAGCAUGAGGAAUUAAAUUUGGGGAGUUUCUGUAUUGUUUAUAAUGAUACAGAUUUGUUCCAUCUCUUUUAUCAUUGGCAUUUGGAUGGAUAUCAAAUUAAUAAAUCUCAGGGAAAUAGUUACUUACAAAUGCUAUUCUAAUUCCUCAGGAAUACCAUGUUGCAGCAGAUUGUCUCUAGGUCACCCAGAGCUAGCUGAAAAUAUAUACGCUAACAUGUUGGUUUUGUUGGCCUUAAGAAACUUGUAUUUAAAAAAAAAAGAUGAAUGAAUCUUAAUUUCUGGACCGUUCAAAAGCAUAUAUUAUCAUAAAUUAGAGCACACAGAACUAUUAUUUUUCUCAAACAGGGACAGGAUUACUGUUUCUGGUUUGUCUAUAUUUUACGUGUGUCCCUGAAGCAGCAUGAACAAAAACUACUUCUUGUUUUCAAAGGACACAGCAUAAUAGGGCUUCUUUUCAGUUUCUUAACCACGUUACUCACCUGAAUCCAGCACUGAAAAAAAUUGUCAUUCAAAGCGUUUAUCUCUGUUCUUCAAAGAAACCUGCUGUGUUCAUGAAGAAAAUACUUGUGCCUUUUCCUGUUCAAGAUGUCUGCUUUAUGGUUGGAUGUUAUGGACAGCUUUUGGUAAAAAUAAUUAUGUGGUUUUGUUAUAGCAUAAUUAAGUAUGAUUGUCCAACUUCAAACUUUUUCAUUUUAACCAAUGCCACAUAAAAUAACCUCUAGGAAACAUUGCCAUAUUUUCAUUUAUAACAUGUCUAUUCUAAAUUUGCAUAUUACUCCAAAAAUCUAAGUACAAAAAGGGCAAGAAACGAGAACCUCGCAACACAAUGUUUUUUCACUGUAAAGUUAGAUGAUCAAAUUGUUAUUUCUGACAGCCAUUGAUGCAUUCGAAUAAAAUCUCAUUUUAAACAGA